AUGCAUGGAAGUGUAGUGCACAAUUAUAGUCGUGCUGGUCGCAUAAAGUCAUCAAUCAACGAAGAGCAAACACCCGUAUGGCACUACUAUACACUGCCUGAUCUCACGACUGGUCGUCAUCGCCCCCGCAACUUCAAGCCUCGAGAUGAACGUGUGUCAGUAGGAGUACAGACAUACAAGGCCGAUCGAGAAGUGACUAUUGAAGUGGACCCCCGCACUACUGUCAGGGGCUUGCCCAAUAUUGUUGAGGAUGUUAUUAAGCUAGUCGCUACACUAAGUGAGUUGUUGUAA